AUGUCUGCGUAUGAUCAAGUCAGUAAAGGGUCGCUCAAAUUUAAAGGGAGCGACUCUCCCAUAAAGAAAAAAAAGAAGAAAGCAAAGUCAGAACGAGAGAAAUUUGCCCGUGCUAUUCAGGAUGAGGCUGAUGGACAGAAACAGGAAGACAGUGCAGCUCAUCGUGUAACUGUCGUGGAGAAGACAGAGGCAGAACGUAAAUUCGAAGAAACCAAGUUAAAGCGACAAAUGGAACGUGUUGCAAAGGCUGCCACUAGAUCCCACAAAGAGAAUGUCUAUGAGUUUAACAAGAAGCUUGAACAUCUCAGCGAGCAUUACGACAUUCCAAAGGUCGGACCCGGCUAA